AGAGGGCCCUGCGCCGCCUUUCUCCGCUGGCACCGGCGCCGCUCCCUGCUCCUCCUUCCCGGCCAUGGCGUUCACGUUCGCGGCCUUCUGCUACAUGCUGGCGCUGCUGCUCACCGCCGCGCUUAUCUUCUUCGCCAUCUGGCACAUUCUGUUUCCUUGUGAACUUUGAUGCAGAUUGGAUUGAUUACUUUGUUGACUGCAUCUCCGAACUUUUCCCCUAAACCAUACUUUGACCGCCAGAGUUUCUCAAGAGACAGCCUUCUUUUCAGGAUUAUAGCAUUUGAUGAACUGAAGACUGAUUACAAGAAUCCCAUAGACCAGUGUAAUACCCUGAAUCCUCUCGUACUUCCAGAGUACCUCAUCCAUGCUUUCUUCUGUGUCAUGUUUCUUUGUGCAGCAGAAUGGCUUACGCUGGGUCUCAAUAUGCCCCUCUUGGCAUACCAUAUUUGGAGGUAUAUGAGUAGGCCAGUGAUGAGUGGACCAGGACUCUAUGACCCUACAACCAUCAUGAAUGCAGACAUUUUAGCAUAUUGUCAGAAAGAAGGCUGGUGCAAAUUGGCUUUUUAUCUUCUAGCAUUUUUUUACUACCUAUACGGCAUGAUCUAUGUUUUGGUGAGCUCUUAGAACAACACACAGAAGAAUUGGUCCAGUAAGUGCAUGCAAAAAGCCACCAAAUGAAGGGAUUCUAUCCAGCAAGAUCCUGUUUCCAAGAGUAGCCUAUGGAAUCUGAUCAGUUACUUUAAAAAAUGACUCCUUAUUUUUUAAAUGUUUCCACAUUUUUUGCUUGUGGAAAGACUGUUUUCAUAUGUUAUACUUGGAUAAAGAAUUUAAAUGGAAUUACGUAUAAAUUAAUAUAAAAUGAUACCUCUGGUGUUGACAGGUUUGAACUUGCACUCCUUAAGGAACAGCCAUAAUCCCUUGAAUGAUUGCAUUAAUUAUUGACUAUCCUUAGUCCAUUGGAAGCUUUUGUUUAUAGGAACUUGUAGGGUUCAUUUUGGUUUAUUGAAGUGCCAUCUAAUUAUAAAUUAGCUGUAGAUAUCAGGUGCUUCUGAUGAACUGAAAAUAUAUAUCUGACUUGUGGGAAACUUCAUGGGUUUCCUCAUUUAUCAUGUAUGUGAUUAUAUAUGGACACAUUGACAAAAUAAGAAGAGUGGGAUUUUCUCCCCUUCAACUUGAAUAUUAUCCCUGUAUAUUGCAUGAGUGAGAGAUUUCCCAUUAUUUCCAUCAGAGUAAUAUACUUGCUUUAAUUCUUAAGCAUAAGUGAACAUGAUAUAAAAAUAUAUGCUGAAUUACUUGUGAAGAAUGCAUUUAAAGCUAUUUUAAAUGUGUUUUAAUUUGUAAGACAUUACUUAUUAAGAAAUUGGUUAUUAUACUUAAUGUUCUAAUCUGGUGGUAAAGGUAUUCUUAAGAAUUUGCAAGUACUUUAGAUUUUCAAAACUGAAUGAGAGAGAACAUUGUAUAACCGUCCUGCUGUUCCUUUAGUGCAAUACAAUAAAACUCUGAAAUUAA